AUGGCUUCUCAAGUACGUCCAAACCACUCCGAGCCAUGCUCGUACCUGUACUGACUACGCAUUUACACCUCCUGCAGUCUGGCCCUCGCACGCUUUACGACAAGGUGAGAGACUCGGCCAGGAAUGACGCUGCAGCUCAGCGUGGGGCUCAGCGUGGGGGAAGAGCGGACAGGGCUCCCCACUUUGCUUCCCUCAGGCACCAGAGCUGAUCUGUAGUAUCUACAACCACGCCCCACAGGUCUUUGAUGAACAUGUCGUCCGUAUGGGAGACGACGGAACAGCCACCCUCUACAUUGAUCGGUGAGUGCCUCAACCACGCGGACAAAAAGUCCACUCGCCAAAGUUCGGCAUCGACGCCGGCGUCGGGUUCGACACCUGGAAGGAGCUAUGUGAUUUCUGACACGUCAUCGCGAUGGCUCAAGAUGCCCUUGAAGCCGAACAGGGGCCGCUUCCAUUGACCUGCACUGCUGACUGACGUCCUUCCCACCUACCUGGCUCGUCUUUCGCACCACAGGCACAUCGUCCACGAGGUGACUUCGCCACAAGCUUUCGAAGGCCUUCGCAACGCCGGCCGAAAUGUGCGCCGCAUCGACUGCACCCUCGCCACCGUCGACCACAAUAUCCCGACCUCGAGUAGAAAACAGUUUACCGACUCGUCUUCGUUCAUCAAGGAGUCAGUUCAGCGAUCGCAUAGUCCGCCCUCGUGAGCAAGGAGUUGACCCCGGCUCAUUCGAUCCACAGGUCCGAUUCACGGACACAAGUCGUCACCCUCGAGGAGAACGUCAAGAAACUAGGAUUGAACUUUUUCGGGUCAGCAAUCUUCUCACUUACGUCGUCAGGCCCACUUUGCCGAUCUAUCGAGCUCACCCCCUGUUUUUUCUUUUCCUCGUGAUCCUCAGCAUGACCGACAAGCGACAAGGUAUUGUUCACGUGAGUGUGCUACCUACGGAUUAUCUCAGAACGCUAGUAUCGCGGAUUACUGACACUGCUCAUGCUCUGCAUCAUUGCACUCAGGUCAUUGGCCCCGAACAAGGCUUCACUCUGCCCGGAGCGACGAUCGUCUGCGGUGACUCACACACCUCGACCCACGGAGCUUUCGGUGCUCUUGCGUUCGGUAUCGGUACCUCCGAGGUCGAGCACGUCCUUGCGACUCAGACCGUCGGCCAAAAGCGAUCCAAGAACAUGCGCAUCCAGGUCGAUGGCCCUCUUGCCCCCGGCGUGACGGCCAAGGACGUCGCGCUCCACAUCAUCGGCACGAUCGGCACCGCGGGUGGAACGGGUAGUGUCAUGGAGUUUUGCGGUACGACGAUUGAGUCGCUUUCCAUUGAAGGCCGUCUCACGCUAUGCAACAUGUCGAUCGAGGGUGGUGCUCGUGCGGGUAUGGUCGCGCCUGACGAGAAGACCUUCAAGUAUCUCGAGGGUCGACCUCUGGCGCCCAAGGGUGCCGACUGGGACGCUGCCCUUGCUUUUUGGAAAACGCUCAAGUCCGACGAAGGCGCCAAGUGGGACAAGGUCGUCAAGAUCUCGUCAGAUGACAUCGCCCCGACCGUUUCGUGGGGUACGUCGCCGCAAGACGUUGCUCCCGUCACCGGCAACGUUCCCGACCCCAAGGACGCGGCGAACCCCGAGAAGCGCGGCCAAGUCGAACGCGCUCUCAAGUACAUGGGCCUCGAGGCCGGCAUGAAGAUUGAGGAUAUCAAAAUCACCAACGCCUUCAUCGGCUCGUGCACCAACUCCCGUAUUGAGGAUCUUCGCGCCGCCGCUGCCAUCGCCGAGGGUCGCCAGGUCGCCGAUGGCGUCUACGCCAUGGUCGUGCCCGGUUCGGGUCUGGUCAAGUCGCAGGCCCAGGCCGAAGGCUUGGACCGCAUCUUCAUUGACGCCGGGUUUGAUUGGCGUGAGGCCGGUUGCUCGAUGUGCUUGGGCAUGAACCCCGACAUGCUCGAGCCCGGACAGCGCUGCGCUUCGACUUCGAACCGCAAUUUCGAGGGUCGUCAAGGCCCCGGUGGUCGCACACAUCUCAUGUCACCCGUCAUGGCCGCCGCUGCCGCCAUUGCUGGGCAUCUCGUCGAUGCUCGCAAGUACGCCCCCAACGGUCGAUCGACGAGCCCGAAACCGGUCGUCGUUACCGCACCGACCUCGGGCGACAAGCCCGACAACGAGGUGCAAACCACCGACGCUGCCGAUGACGGUCUCGCCCAGUCCGAUGGUUCCCCGAAGCCCUCGGCUCCCGCCGCGGGUACCGCUGCGGGCAUCCCCGCCUUCACCGUCUACAAGGGCAUCGCCGCUCCUCUUGAACGUGCCAACAUCGACACCGAUUUGAUCAUCCCCGCUCGUUUCCUUAAGACGAUCAAGCGCACCGGUCUCGGCACGGCCCUCUUUUCGUCGCUCCGAUACAACGACGAUGGUUCUGAGAAACCCGACUUUAUCCUCAACCAGGAACGGUACCGCCAGUCCAAGAUUCUCGUCGUCUCGGGAGGCAACUUUGGGUGCGGUUCGUCGCGUGAGCACGCGCCGUGGGCUUUACUCGACUUUGGUAUCCGCUGCGUCAUCGCUUCGAGUUUUGCCGAUAUCUUCAACAACAACAUGUACAAGAAUGGCUCGCUCCCCGUCGUUCUGUCCGAGGAGGACAUCGCCAAGCUGCUCGAGGACGCUCGCGCGGGCAAGGAGAUCGAGGUCGACCUUCCCAAGCAGGUCGUUCGCCGCCCCAAUGGCGAGGAGUUCCCCUUCCAGGUCAACGACUUUACCAAGCACUGCCUCGUCAAUGGUCUCGAUGAGAUCUCGUUGACGCUCGCUCACGAAGACGCGAUCAAGGCCUUUGAGGCCAAGCGAUCCGAACAACGACCUUGGCUGGAUGGAAUUGGGUACCGAGGAAAGAUCCCGAUGCAGUCGGCCAAAAAGUACAAGUUGGACUGGUAG